UAUAUUUGGAAACUAUUGCAAAUUACAAGUCAUAAAAUGAAAUGGAAUAAAUAUUAUCACUAAUAUAUGGAUAAUAUAAACAAGGGAAAAUAAUUUUUUGGACUAAUAGCACCAUGAAAAUAAGUGCUUUGCCAUGUAACUGAUUUAUUGGAAUAAAUAUAGGAUGUUUUCCAUAGUGACAUCUGAAAGUGUCGAAUGAAAUGGCGUUAAACAAAAAGAGUAAAAUAUUUUGCCUGUAAAGUAGAUACAAUUUGAGAAAGUCAGGUGAAAGAACAUUUAAAGUGAGAGGGGUAAAGACAUAUGACAGUUGCGUAGCUAUCUGCAUAUUUGUCCAUUGCUUUCUAGUGAGAGAUGGGAAAGAAGAGCAUAAGUGAAGUUGGUUUGGAUGAUUUAGUAAGAGCAGGAUUAGGAGAGGAGGAAGCAAAAUGGUUGAUGGGAGAGGUGAAAGCAGCAAUAGCUAAAGUGGGUUUGGAUGGAAAGGAUGUAUGGCGUGAGAUCACUGCAGCUCGGAAAUUGCUGAAACCAACACACCCACAUGGCCUGCAUCAGCUGCUUUACUACUCUGUUUACCAUAACUAUGAUAAUGGACCUCCUCUCUAUUGGUUCCCUUCUCUGAAAGAAUCUCGACGCACAAAUUUGGGCCGCAUAAUGGAAACUCAUUGUCCGAAGCUUUUAGGAACAUCAUACAAGGAUCCGAUCUCAAGUUUUAAAGAAUUUCAGAGGUUUUGUGUUCAGCAUCCUGAGAUUUACUGGUCAAUUGUAUUAAAGGAACUUCCAAUUCACUUUUUGGAAACCCCUAGAUGCAUACUGGAUACAUCUGACAAAUCAAAACGUGGAGGAAACUGGCUUCCUGGUUCAGUUCUGAAUAUAGCCGAGAGUUGUGUGCGUUCGAGCGAUUACUGUAACAGGCAGGAUGAUAGUGUGGCCAUUGUAUGGAGGGCAGAAGGGAAUGAUGAUAAAGAAGUUAAUUGCAUGACAUUGAAACAGCUGAGAGAACAAGUAAUGAUGGUGGCAAAUGCACUGGAUAACAUGUUCUCAAAGGGAGAUGCGAUUGCCAUUGACAUGCCAAUGACUGCCACAGCAGUUGUUAUAUACUUGGCCAUUGUUCUUGCUGGAUUUGUUGUAGUAUCAAUUGCUGAUAGCUUUGCUGCACAGGAAAUUGCAGUCCGUUUACGAGUGUCUAAUGCUAAGGCUGUAUUUACACAGGAUUCCAUAGUGCGAGGAGGCCGAAGAUUCCCCUUGUAUAGUCGAGUUAAAGAAGCUGCUCCACUUAAAGCUAUUGUAAUUCCUGCAAUUGGGGAGGAUUUACAAGUUCAAUUAAGGAACCAGGAUCUAUCAUGGAAGGAUUUUCUGGCCAGUGUCAGUCAUCUUCCCAGGCCAAAUUAUUAUUUUCCAGUUUAUCUAUCCAUAGACUCUGUUACCAACAUACUAUUUUCAUCAGGAACCACCGGAGAUCCAAAAGCAAUACCUUGGACUCACCUGUCUCCCAUCCGAUGUGCUUCUGAUUCAUGGACUCAUCUUGAUAUUCAAGCUGGAGAUGUUUUUUGCUAUCCCACAAACUUGGGAUGGGUGAUGGGACCCGUUCUAAUCUACUCCUGCUUUCUAGCUGGUGCAACUCUAGCUCUGUAUCACGGAUCUCCUCUAGACCAUGGUUUUGGGAAAUUUGUGCAGAAUGCAGGAGUUACUGUCUUGGGGACUGUUCCUGGCUUAGUGAAGACUUGGAAAAGUACUGGGUGUAUGGAAGGCCUUGAUUGGACAAAGAUAAGGACGUUUGCUAGUACUGGAGAAGCCUCUAAUGUUGAUGAUGACCUUUGGCUUUCUUCAAGGGUGUACUAUAAACCCAUUAUUGAAUGCUGUGGAGGCACAGAGCUAGCGUCAUGUUACAUUAUGGGAAAUCUUCUUCAACCACAAGCUUUUGGAGCAUUUAGCUCUGCAACAAUGUCCACAGGUUUUGUCAUCUUAGAUGAAGAUGGGCGCCCUUAUCCAGAUGAUCAAGCUUGUGUUGGUGAAGUUGGCUUGUUUCCUACCUCUAUGGGAGCUAGUGAUAGAUUGCUGAAUGCUGAUCAUGAGAAAGUGUACUUCAAGGGAAUGCCAAUAUACAAAGAUAUGCAACUAAGGAGACAUGGUGAUAUCCUAAAGCGAACUGUUGGAGGUUAUAUUGUUGUUCACGGCAGAGCCGAUGACACCAUGAAUCUUGGAGGUAUAAAGACAAGUUCAAUAGAAAUUGAGCGUGUAUGUGAUCGGGCUGAUGAGAGUGUCCUGGAAACUGCUGCAGUCAGUGCUGCCCCGCCAAAUGGUGGCCCAGAACAGCUAGUUAUAUUUGUGGUUCUCAAGGAGGGGAUAAUUAUUUCAUCAGACACACUGAAGAAAAGAUUCUCGAGAGCCAUUCAAAGCAAUCUUAAUCCUUUAUUCAAGGUGAGCUCCGUGAAGAUAGUUCCAAUGUUCCCUCGAACAGCUUCAAAUAAGUUGUUGAGGAGAGUUCUUAGGGACCAGUGGAAGCAAGAUCUUCAGAUACAAAGUAAACUUUAGCUAAAACCUCAAGUCUUGGUAUGUCAUCUGUAAUAUGCUUAUAUACAUAUAUGCAAAAAAGGAUCAGGGCAAGCAAGAAGAUACGAUGUUGUCAUUAUUUUGUCCCAUGUAAUAUAAUACUACUAUGCUAGUGACAUAUUAUCCCACUGUGUUUUUUU